UUGUGGUCCUGGGGAACAUUUAUGUUUUGUCGAACCUCCUCAGCGAUUGAUUCACAAACCCGAAUCAGUUCGAGUGAAUCAUUUCAAAGAAUCGGCUCAAACGAACAAUUCGUACGUGAAUCGCACAUCACUUGUCUGAUGCACUGAAACUCCCCGGGAGAGACCGAGGGAGGAAGAUGGCGGCCACUGACCGUUCCCGGUCCGAAGCGGCAAAGCAGCGGCGGCAGGAUCAGCUGCAGCGGUGGCGGGGCUCGGAGACGGAUCGGACCGGGGCGGAGGCAAGGAGCCUGUGCUCCGCUCCCGGAAACCGACGGGCCAGAGUGCGCUUCGCCCAGGGCGCUGUGUUCAUGGCCGCCUGCUCCGCCGGGGACCGGGAGGAGGUGGCGGAGCUCCUGCGACAGGGUGCAGAUAUCAACCACGCCAAUAUAGACGGGCUGACGGCGCUGCAUCAGGCCUGUAUUGAUGAAAACGCAGAUAUGGUUGAGUUUCUGGUGGAGAGCGGCAGUGACGUGAGCCGAGGAGACAAUGAAGGCUGGACGCCCCUCCACGCCGCGGCCUCCUGCGGCUUCAUCCAGAUCGCAAAGUACUUGAUCGAACACGGCGCUCAUGUGGGAGCGGUGAACAGUGAGGGAGAACUUCCUCUCGAUGUGGCUACUGAGGACGCCAUGGGGAGACUGCUUAAAGCAGAGAUUAAAAAACAGGGUAUAGAUGUGGACCAGGCCAGGAGAGAGGAGGAGAGAGUGCUGCUCCAGGAUGCCAUGGCCGUGUUGGCAGGAAGUGGCUCUCUGGUCCCUCAUCCGAACACUCAGGCCACGGCGCUGCAUGUCGCUGCUGCUAAAGGAUACAUUGAGGUGUUAAAGGUGCUGCUGAAGUGUGGGAUAGACGUGGACAGUCGGGACAGUGAUGGCUGGACGGCUUUUCACGCGGCGGCUCACUGGGGACAGGAAGAGGCCUGCACUCUGCUGGCUGAACACAUGUGUGACAUGAACGCUGUCAGUAAUGUGGGGCAAACUCCACUCGACGUAGCCGAUGAGAACAUCGUUGAGAACUUGGAAGAACUGCAGAAGAAGCAGAACGCUAUGCGUUCAGAGAGACAGAAGAUCCAGACGCCCGUCAUUGAGACCAGCCCACCUGUUUCCAUGGCGCCAACUCGCCCUCGCAGGACGUCCAUCUCUCGUAUGAGCAGUAAAGAGAAGAUCACCCUGCAUGAGCGAGAGAAACAUGCUUCGCCCUCACUCCAGACUCCGCCCACAGAAGAGGACGAGGACGAGUCGUCGCGCACAGCCGGCCAAUCCAAACCCUCCAGCAGCUCCAGUUCAGAGGAAGAGAGCGAAUCAGAGAGUGACGCCGAGUCAGAAAAAGCAAAAACUCGAGAAAUGAUCAACAACUUGAACAACAAACGCAAUGCAGCGCCCGUAGCGAGCUCUGUGACCAACACUGCACUUAACCAGGUUAAAAAGGCUGAACCCGUCCGGACCCCGGUGACAGAGGCUCCAGGUUCCUGGAGGACGUCUUUGCGUAAAGCAGGAAGUUCUGUGACCCUGGGCUCGGCCGGGGCCUCUGAGCCAACCACUGAGGCCCUCAAGGACCCCGAGACUAAACUGGGAAUGACACGCUCUGCAUCCAGUCCCAGACUGAGCUCUGAAUCUGACAAUAAGGAGCCCAGGUUGGCCCGUGUUCAGCCCACUCCGUCCAGACGCCUUUUCAGCAUCAGUGACACCAGCACCAACCCCGACAACUCCAGCAGCUUGUUGAGCCGCAGCUCUUCAUACACGCGCCGAUUGAACAGCCAGUCCGGCGCUGAAGUGUCGGCUCCGAACCCCUCGUUACCUCGCAGCUCGUCUUAUGGAAGGAAACUUGACGACCCUUCAGUGACCUCUGUAACCACGGCAACCUCUGGACUGAGUCGCCUCAGUAGUCUAGUGGCUCAGAGGUCGGCUCAAGAAGAGGCCGAAAGGAAGGAGCCCGUCUCGAAUUCUGUAACCACGACAACCACAUCAGGCGAGCCAGAGACCAAACAGAGACGCAAGUCCUAUCUGACUCCAGUGCGUGACGAGGAAGCAGAAGCUCAGAGAAAAGCCCGAUCCAGACAUGCUCGUCAGUCCAGACGCUCCACGCAGGGUGUUACUCUCACAGACCUGCAGGAAGCACGAGGACUGGAGAAGACAAUGAAGACGGAAAACAAGGGGAAGGAGCAGAAGAAAGAAGAAGAGGAGAAAGAAGGGAAGCAAAAGAAGGGAGAGGAAGGGGUGAGAAAGGUUGAGUUUAAUCCAAAUAUCUGCAUUUGUUCUGCACUCGGAGAGAUAAACCAGUCAGAAAUGUAAAGGUUAAAGGUCAAGCGUGUCGUUUUUUUUUAUGUUAUAGUACUUUCUAAAACUAAACAACUGAACUGAUGUCUGAAAAAUAGCAGAGGAAGAGAAUGAAACCUUGAGAAACCUGUUUGGAAACAGUUAUUACCUGUGUGUCUGUGU